ACGCCACAUGACAGUUCGCCGCGGUGAACCGGGGCUGUGUGAGUGGGAGCCGCCGGGGUCUUUAGCAUUCCCGUACCCCGCUGUCGACCUUUGGAUCUCGGUGUCCGGGGCGGGUAGGCAGCUCCGCCGCGCACGGUGGCAAUUGGCUGCGCUCUUCUCGUCCGUCUUCAGCUGCUUCCUGUUGCACAUCGUGGACCAUCCAGAGCAGACAGUGCGCGCACACACACACACACACCUUUACAUGCAUACACGCAGGCUAUGUGGCGCGAGCGGCGUGCAUGGAGCCCAAAGUCCUCCACCGGUUCGUGGCGCAGUCUCUUAUCGAAAUGUUUGAAGAUUAACGAGGUUACUCGUGUCCUGUAGAGCACUCGCUGCUGCCAGCUGCACCCUGCAGGCCGGGAAGCCGACAGAGCGGGCGGACAGCGUGUCAAGGCGGACUGCGAGUUAGGAAGUCACCGCUGUAGCUGCAUCGGACCGCUGCAGAGCACGGAGCCAUGACCGAGAAACGGAUGUCGCGGUGGUAUUUCGGAGGGCUGGCGUCCUGCGGAGCCGCCUGCUGCACGCAUCCUCUGGAUCUCAUCAAGGUGCACCUGCAGACACAGCAGGAGGUGAAGAAGAGGAUGGUGGGGAUGGCCAUUCAAGUGGUGAAGAGCGAUGGGGUUCUGGCUCUCUACAAUGGCCUCUCUGCCUCUCUUUGCAGACAGAUGUCCUAUUCCCUCACCAGAUUUGCCAUCUAUGAGACAGUGAGGGACAUGAUGGGCAGCGCAAACCAGGGCCCGAUGCCCUUUUACCAGAAGGUCCUACUGGGAGCCUUUGGAGGUUUUACUGGUGGGUUUGUUGGCACGCCGGCAGACAUGGUGAACGUCAGGAUGCAGAAUGACAUGAAGCUACCACCGGAGCUGAGGAGAAACUACAAACAUGCUGUCGAUGGGCUCUUCAGAGUCUUCAGAGAAGAGGGUGUGAGGAGGCUGUUCUCAGGAGCCACCAUGGCCUCCAGCAGAGGAGCGAUGGUCACUGUGGGACAGUUGGCGUGUUACGACCAGGCCAAGCAGCUGGUCGUGGGAACAGGCAUGAUGGGAGAUAACAUACUCACACACUUUCUUUCCAGCUUCAUUGCUGGAGGCUGUGCCACAUUCUUGUGUCAACCUCUGGACGUAAUAAAGACAAGGCUGAUGAACUCAAAGGGAGAGUACACAGGGGUGACGCAUUGCUUACGAGAAACUGCCAGGCUGGGUCCGCUGGCGUUUUAUAAGGGUCUCGUCCCUGCAGGGAUCCGCUUGAUCCCUCACACAGUGCUCACCUUCAUCUUCCUCGAGCAGCUCAAGAAAUACUUCGGCAUUCUUAUCAUCUCCUGAGCACGCACUGUGACCGGCCGCUGGUCAACCGCCCACCAACACUGCCGCUCGCAGCACCCCACCAUCGCUCUGCUCUCUGCACCGACUAGACAAUAAGGGAAGAAAGGGAGUCAUGUGCAGUUUGUCAUGGGCUCGCACAUGUUAUCCUCCUCCUUUUGCUCUACCUCUCUCUCUCGACUAGAAGCGAAAUUAUUCUGAUUAUUAUGAGCAGCAACUUCUGGAAGGGACAAAUACUGGAAUUAAAGAUGAUUUCCUCCGUCAGUCGUAGGCGAUCAAAGAAAGGAGAUGCUAAAUACAAAGGUGCUGCGGUGGGGUUAAUAGAAUGACCCGCCAGGUUUAGAGAGGAGGUUACAAUUAGCUAAGCAGAUGUUUAAUGUGGUUGUCCAGGUGAAUUUCAGGUAGGCCUGCGGUUAGUUAUGUGACAGGAUGAGACGUUUUGAGAUUAAGUGUUAAUUUUGAGUUAAGGAGCAAUGAAUCUGUCCUGUUAACGACAGAUUAAAUGUUGACUGUAACUAAUUCCAGAUGAGGUUUUGUGAUUCAUGUUUUAAUCUGAGCAGUAUUUAAGACUAAUUAAGCAGUGCCGCACAGAGCUCGCACCAACGUAAAAACUGCUGUUGAUUACGGCUUAUACAUUAAUGUUUUUCCGGAUUAGUCCUCUAGAACACUUGUGUCCUGUUAGGCCAGGACAGAGUUUAUGAUUUAGCAGAAGUCAAAACGUUAAGGAACACAGUGAAGCCUUGUCAUCAGUGCCAUUCUUUUCCAAAAGACAUUACUUAAACAUGACAGAACAAACUGUUAGGUACGGAGGCCGGGAACGCUUUGCUGGCCAUCAGUUUAUUAUUGCCAUUAUCUUGAGGUAAUUAUUUUCUGCUAAUUGCAGGUUAAUUUAUUGUGGUGUUGCGAGAAAACAAAAGAUUUCUCCAGAUAAUGAGAGAUUUAUUUUCUCUGUUUCAGCCAGCAGCUGCUCAAAUGAAGUCUUUUAUAAUGGCAGAGGGUAUUAAGUCGUUAUUAAAGCCAUGCGGCUGGCAGUGAGACUUGUAACCCUGUGCCACUAUACAUCGCGACUUCUACAGCGUCUCCACAGAGCCCACAGACACCUGUGGACCAUGAACACAGGCUUUUAUCCAACAUUUGUGGCGUAGCUAAAGCUGAAAGCUGCUAAAGAUUGAUGGUUAAUGACAACAAGAUAUUUCAGCAUGUUAACGUCUGACGCCUGGGUCAAUAAUCAGCACUCCUUGAUCUGACAUUGUCAGCUUUCGAAGUUGCUUAGUGAUCAAGAUGCCAUCUACGCAUGCUGGCGUCGUCCUCCUGAUCUCUGAUGACUAAUAAGAGGAAGUGGCCUUUUGUUUUCUUGUGAUAACAGGUUGAUUAUCUCAUUUACUCGAGACAGCAAAGCUUGAUUUCUCAAGAAAAUAAUUAAGUCCUGAUCCUCAGAUUGAGGCAUUAAAAAAUAAUGGCGAGCGCGGCUGCUCUCAGCUUCUGUAGUCAUGCAGUUAAAUAGUUAUCAUUCCCAACAGUGGUGACCAAAUGUGAUGCACCCUGACUUGAGCUGCUGAUUUGUUUGUCUGCACUGAAUUAGUGUUUUAUAAUUGGAAAUAACCUCCAGUUGUCUUUAACUUUUAUCUGAUUCUCCUUUACUUCAUUCCGAUCCUCUGUCAUCAUUUCACUGUCAAGGCUUUCGGACAGGACCAAGCUCGUUUGUCUCAUGUUUUUACACAAGGAGGGAGUUUGUGGGGAAACUGUGAAGCAGAGCGUUGACAGUUGCAAACCUGAUGAAGGUACAUUUUAGCAGUGGCUGUUCUAGUUUUACUUUCCCAGUGAAAUGCUGUACGACCACUUGAUCUCUUUAAGUUCUUACUGUUGUUACUGUCUCAUUGAGCUGAACGUGUGGCAGACUUCAUGACUCAGGAUGCUACUCUGUUUUAUAAGGCACUUUACUGACAUACUGACUAACCUGCUGCGUAGAAACACAUGCUGCACACAAAAACAUGUUCCAAAUUGGUUUCAGAUGUUCAGAAUUUACUGUGUCAAUGGUUCCACUAGAGGGAAAUCUGUAUUGUUUUGUGACCCUUUCCAGUCCUUUGAUAAGUUUGAAGUUUGAGUGAAUACAUUAUUCUGUUCUGUGCCUGCUCUGUUGACGGAGACCUUGUCAAGUCAUGUUGCCUUACAGUGUGUGUCCCCCAGGGGGCAGUAUAGUAGCGUGUGAGCCUGAAUGAGCCUCUCUUUAGCAUCAUGUUAAGCCCCGUGCCUUCACCAAAGGGUCCAUGUAUGAAAAGAGAGCCACAAACUCAGAGCAACCUCAGACAAUGACUGUACAACUGCAUGUUCCUCUGUUCAAGUGUUCCUCAAUAAUGUGAGAUACUGUAGAUCAGCCAUACUAAGUAAUGUUAACCCUAAGCUUUCCUCAUAUGUACAGAAAUGAAACUGGAGGGACUCUGUUCUGGGUGUGUGAGUUUGCAUUUUGUAGAUCACUAACUAAUGAAUUUUGAAUUAAAAUACUAAUG